AUGCAGAUCCCAGCGAUUUUCGUCACGUGCCUGCUCACAUGGGGCCUGGUGCACGCAGGUAGCGUGGAACUCGGUGCCCCCAAGCAGGAGUCUGUCCUCGUGGAGCAGCUCCUAUUGAAGAACGUGGAGACUAGUGCGAAGCGAAAGGAGAACGGCGCACCGAAACUCGGCGAGAGCACAGCUGCGGCUCUGGCUAGUACCAAGGCAACUGCAGCCGCAGAGGCUAAGGCAUCCGCCAAAGUGAAAGCUUCUGCCUUGGCCCUCGCUGAGGCUUUCUUGCGUGCGUCGGCAGCGUCUGCUGCUGCUUCAGCCAAAGCUGCUGCCGCUGUAAAGGAAGCAACGCAGGCACAGUUGCUGGCACAGGAGAAGGCUUUGAUAGCGUUGAAAACUCAAUCUGAGCAACAAGCUGCCUCUGCUCGCGCGGACGCCGCGGCUGCCGCAGCCGUAUCCGCGCUAGAACGUGCCCAGGCCUCCUCCAGAGCAGCCACGACCGCCCAAGACAUCUCCAGCGAUCUGGAGAAACGUGUCGCCACCUCAGCCGCUGCUGAAGCAGGUGCCACCCUCAGAGCGGAACAAUCCGCCGCGCAAUCGAAAUGGUCCGCCGCACUGGCCGCCCAAACCGCCGCUGCUGCAGCCGCUAUAGAAGCAAAGGCCACCGCUUCCUCAGAAAGCACCGCUGCCGCUACUAGUAAGGCCGCCGUGUUGACCGCUGACACUAGCAGCGCAGAAGCUGCCGCUGCAGCGGAGGCACAAUCCGCUUCGCGGAUCGCAGGUACAGCAGCCACCGAGGGAUCCGCCAACUGGGCUAGCGAGAACUCGCGUACCGCACAACUGGAAGCUUCCGCCUCAGCGAAGGCCACCGCAGCCGCAGCUGUCGGAGAUGGAGCUAUUAUAGGACUUGCACGGGACGCUAGUGCCGCAGCUCAGGCAGCCGCAGAAGUUAAAGCCUUAGCUGAAGCUAGUGCCAGCUUAGGUGCUUCAGAAAAGGACAAGAAAUGA